AUGUCUUCAUUAUUAAAAAUUGGAAGAAGUACUCUCUCCAGACUUGUCGCUAAAGCACGAGAGGUUAUGACAGAAAGCUUCGUGCCAGCACAUUUAGGAUUAGAACAUUUGAAUAGAGAAGAAGUUGUUGCAAGAAAUCUUUAUAUUCCUGAGUCUUUGAUUGGAAACCCUGAGGCUAACUUGGAAGAUAGAAAGACCGAGGCUUUCGUGACAGCAUUGCGCUACUGCAAAGCUUUGAACUACUCGGUUCAUUAUCCUCUGUCAUUAGAACCAGAACCUGUUUCAUCAUCCCUCGCCUCUACCAGUAUAGCAAACCCAGAAUCACAAACCAUAUCUGCUUCGGUACCAACUAACGACGAGCCCCCAGUUAAGAGGCUAAGGUUCUAUCAAAAAUUUGGAUUUCCUGGUAUCCUGGGUUGUAUUGAUGGUACCCAUGUAGCAAUACUGAGGCCGCACAUACAUGAGGAACGGUAUUAUAAUAGGAAGGGCUUCCAUUCUCUUAAUGUUGUCUACUUACUGCCCUUUUUACUGUUAAAUUAUAAAUGUAAAAAAAAACAUUUAAUUCAUUUACAGAUUUGCGAUUCAGAUUUAAAUAUUUUAUGUAUUUUAAGUACCCCAGGCUCUGCUCAUGAUUCCACUGUAUGGCAGAGUCAUCCACUCAGUCUACACUUAAAACAAAUUACAGAAAAUACUAAUGAACAAGUAUUUUUAUUAGGUGACAGUGGCUAUCCACUAAGAAAAACCAUGAUGACCCCAAUCCUCAAUACUAUAGAAGGGACACCACAACAUCACUAUUAUGUAAAACAUGUGACUGCACGCAAUACAGUGGAGCGUUGCAUCGGGGUAUUAAAAGCACGUUUCAGGUAAGGAGCAUUUCUAGGCAAUGGUUACAUACAUAUUUAAAUGGGGUUGUGUUAAAGUAUUAUUUUUUUUGCAUGUGUUUGCUUGUAGCACGUACUUUACAUUAUAGCCCAACAACUGCGGGCAAGAUUGUGAAUGCAUGUUGCGUAUUACACAAUAUUGCAAACACGGCAAGAGAACCAUUGCCUUCUGAUGAAGUUUAUGAAGAAGUACUUCGCUUGCAACAAGAGGAAAAUAAUUAUGCAGCACCAAAUGACCAAGAUCAUCGAAGGGUGAACCGGGACCUUCUUGAAGGUCGGGCACUACAGCAAGCUCUUGUUGACAGACUGUGGAGAGAUGCAUAAAUUAAAUUAGCAUAUCCCCAGGAACAAAACAAAGGUUAAAAAUAAAUUAAGUAAUACUAUUUUUAUAAA